AUGGCCGUAAGCAAAAUUAACAAAGCGUGCACAAGUACACGCAAAUCCCUGUUACGCUUAGUUUUCACCAUGCCAAAGGCAUCUGUUUGGAAAAAGAGCCCGAGCAGGCAGGUAACCCGAUCUGAUCCACCAGUACUCUGUGCAAAAAACUUGGUGAAAAAGGAUUUUUUCCGACUUCCUGACCCAUUUGCUAAGGUGGUGGUUGAUGGAUCUGGACAAUGCCAUUCUACAGAUACUGUGAAGAAUACACUUGAUCCAAAAUGGAAUCAGCAUUAUGACCUGUAUAUUGGAAAGUCUGAUUCAGUUACAAUCAGUGUAUGGAAUCACAAGAAGAUCCAUAAAAAACAAGGUGCUGGAUUUCUUGGUUGUGUUCGACUUCUUUCCAACGCCAUCAACCGCCUCAAAGACACUGGUUAUCAGAGGUUGGAUCUAUGCAAACUUGGGCCAAAUGACAAUGAUACAGUUAGAGGACAGAUAGUCGUAAGUCUUCAGUCCAGAGACCGAAUAGGCACAGGAGGACAAGUUGUGGACUGCAGUCGUUUGUUUGAUAAUGAUUUACCAGACGGCUGGGAAGAACGGAGAACUGCCUCUGGAAGAAUCCAGUAUCUAAACCACAUAACAAGAACUACACAAUGGGAACGCCCAACAAGACCGGCAUCUGAAUAUUCUAGUCCUGGCAGACCUCUUAGCUGCUUUGUUGAUGAGAACACUCCUAUCAGUGGAACAAAUGGUGCAACAUGUGGACAGUCUUCAGAUCCCAGGCUGGCAGAGAGGAGAGUCAGGUCACAGCGACAUAGAAAUUACAUGAGUAGGACACAUUUACAUACUCCUCCAGACCUACCGGAAGGCUAUGAACAGAGGACAACGCAACAAGGUCAGGUGUAUUUCUUACAUACUCAGACUGGUGUGAGCACAUGGCAUGAUCCGAGAGUGCCUAGGGAUCUUAGCAACAUCAAUUGUGAAGAGCUUGGUCCUUUGCCUCCUGGAUGGGAAAUCCGUAAUACUGCAACAGGCAGAGUUUAUUUCGUUGACCAUAACAACAGAACAACACAAUUUACAGAUCCUCGGCUUUCUGCUAACUUGCAUUUAGUUUUAAAUCGGCAGAACCAGUUGAAAGACCAACAGCAACAGCAAGUGGUGUCAUUAUGCCCGGAUGAUACAGAGUGCCUGACAGUGCCGAGAUACAAGCGAGACCUGGUUCAGAAACUCAAAAUCUUGCGCCAAGAACUUUCCCAGCAACAGCCUCAGGCCGGCCACUGCCGCAUUGAGGUUUCCAGGGAAGAGAUUUUUGAGGAGUCGUAUCGACAGGUCAUGAAAAUGAGACCAAAAGAUCUCUGGAAGCGAUUAAUGAUAAAAUUUCGUGGAGAAGAAGGCCUUGAUUAUGGAGGGGUUGCUAGGGAAUGGUUGUAUCUCCUGUCACAUGAGAUGUUGAAUCCAUACUAUGGCCUGUUCCAGUAUUCAAGAGAUGAUAUCUACACAUUACAGAUCAAUCCUGAUUCUGCUGUUAAUCCAGAACAUUUAUCAUAUUUCCACUUCGUUGGACGAAUAAUGGGAAUGGCUGUGUUUCAUGGACAUUACAUUGAUGGCGGUUUUACAUUGCCUUUCUAUAAACAGUUGCUCGGAAAGUCAAUUACUUUGGAUGACAUGGAGUUAGUUGAUCCAGACCUUCAUAAUAGUCUGGUGUGGAUACUUGAGAAUGAUAUUACAGGGGUUUUAGACCAUACCUUCUGUGUUGAACAUAAUGCAUAUGGUGAAAUUAUUCAGCAUGAACUUAAACCAAAUGGCAAAAGUAUCCCUGUUACUGAAGAAAAUAAAAAAGAGUAUGUCAGACUGUAUGUGAACUGGAGAUUUUUACGAGGCAUCGAGGCUCAAUUCCUGGCUCUGCAGAAAGGAUUUAAUGAAGUGAUUCCACAGCAUCUGCUGAAGACAUUCGAUGAGAAGGAGUUAGAGCUCAUUAUUUGUGGACUUGGAAAGAUAGAUGUGAGUGACUGGAAGGUAAACACCCGGUUAAAACACUGUACACCAGACAGCAAUGUCGUCAAGUGGUUCUGGAAAGCUGUGGAGUUUUUUGAUGAAGAGCGGCGAGCGCGAUUGCUACAGUUUGUGACAGGAUCAUCUAGAGUGCCUCUGCAGGGCUUCAAAGCACUACAAGGUGCUGCAGGCCCACGGCUCUUCACCAUACACCAGAUUGAUGCCUGCACUAACAACCUGCCCAAAGCCCACACGUGCUUCAAUCGAAUAGACAUUCCGCCGUAUGAAAGCUAUGAAAAGCUCUAUGAAAAGCUGCUAACAGCCAUUGAAGAAACUUGUGGAUUUGCUGUGGAAUGAUGAAUUUCGAGGACUCACCCAGGACUCUAUUUAUACCCUUGACCGACAGCCUCCAUUCAGCAGUUUCAGAGAAUGCUGAAAUACAGGAAAUCACCCUCUCUCCCUCCUUUUUUAAAAGUUUUAGGACACUGUGAGGGGAAAGGACAACUUUGAAAUUCCUCUUCAAGGAAAAAAGGUCUUUAUGCUUUGCCAUGAGGACACAUUCAGCUGCUAUUUAAAAUUAAUAUCUUGAACCUAAAGAAUGCUGACUUUUCCUGCGUCUCCAGAGUUAGGCAGUAUUCUACACUUAAAGACUACUACUAUUUUUAUAAAAGGUAAUCUAUUAAAAUCACUUCACAGAUUUCAAGUCUUUCACACAUCAAGAUAACUUCAGCAAUCGGUACAAGUCCCAUUUCAUUUUGAUUGAGUACAUGAUUUUGAAUAGCUCCUGUACUUGCUCUUUGUAAAAAAGAAUAAAGUUAUUUUGAAUUAUUCUAACUUUAUAAACGAUUGGCUAAAAGAAUCAUUAUCUUUACAAGAUUAAGCCAUUUACAUGUUUGUUUUUUCUAUAGGAGAACAUUGUAUUUUGCAGUAUGUGUUUCAACUUCGCCUUCGUGGGUUGUUUUUGUAUUUUUUCAAGCACAAAUUUCCUGGAAAUACAGCUUUAUUAUUUUGGUUAUUAACUUCCUAAUGCAACCAUUUAGCCUAAACUUAGUAGUUUGCUACCCUAAGAUGUUCAGGGGACCCUUGUUAAGAUGACUUUUUAAAAUCAUAAUGUUUUUUAUCUUGAAUCAGUAUGAUCAGGUAUUUUGGAUUUACUUUUUAUCUUAAAUGGAAAUACUGCAUUUUUAUAGCUUUUCAGAGCAUGUGGGUGGGGUGGGAUUUUAAUUCUUUUGCUGGGUCAGCUUGUCUUUACUAUAUAUACUGUUCCUGUAAACCAAAGUCUCUACUAAGUGCACCUAAUUUAUAUUUUAAUUACAUUUUCUAUCGAGUAAGCUAUGCUGAAGCUUUGUUUAGUUGCUCAUAAUUUUAAUCAGCUAAAAUUAUGAAAAAGGAAAAUUUUGCUCUGAAGAUUUAUUUAGCAAGCUUCGAAAACCCUGCUCUUACCGAUAUCACAAGAUGAACUGAAACUAGUACUUGGGGUGGGGGGGUGGGGGAUGUGAUUUCUGGAGAAAGUGAUUCUAAUUCCAUGAUAUAGCUAAAUCACUCUAAAGUGGAAGAAUUAACUUUGGAAAUCCCAGUUCCCUCAGUGCUGAAGAUCUGCACCUGGUUUCCAAAUGUCCAGAUUGAGCUUUCAAGGUGAGAGGCGUGUUGCACACCCGACAAGGCAACCAAAACUAUGAGACACUAGAAGAAAUCCCGGUGGAUUUUUAAGUUCAUCCAUCAAAAAAGAAUGCACUAUUCAUUUUUAAAAUAUUCAUGUGAAAUAAGAAUAGCAAAUUUUGAUGAUAGACUUUAAAUUUCACAGGUUAAUUAUAAAGUGAAUAAUCUUUUGUGGUGUUUCAAGUGAUGGAGUGGGUUUUAGUCUGUGUUCUUGAAGCCAGAGUGUUCCUCAGUGGUGCCUGAGGAGCAGUGGUUUACGGGAGGAGGGAC